UAUAAUGAAGUCUAUUGAUCCUAUUCCCCAUGGAUGAUAAGUCUAUUAAGCACAGAUCACGGAUGGCAUUUUCUUAAUUUUGUGGGCGUCGAAUGGCCAUUUUCAUUGCAUUUUGAAGGCUACAGAUCACGGAUUUGUCCUGAGGCUAUUCUUCUUCUAUGAUUGAGUCCAUUAAGCACCGAUUUGGGCGGAUUUAUUCUGGGUAAAUUUUUGGCAGAUUGCAAAGUUGUACCGUCACAAAUUUGACCGAUUUUUCUGAAAUGCCAUUUUCUUUCGAUUCUGGAGGCUACAGAUCACAGAAUCAGGCCGAGGCUAUUCUCCACCGAUAAUGAAGUCUAGUGAUCAUAUUCUCCACGGAUGAUAAGUCCAUUAAGCACCAAUUUUGGCCAAUUUGUUUUCGGAUGACAUUUUCCUAAUUUUGUGGGCGUUGAAAGGCCAUUUUCUUUAGAUUUUGAAGCCUACAAAUCACGGAUUCCGCCUCAGUCUAUUCUUCAAUGAUGAUUAAGUCCAUUAAGCACCAAUUUGGGCGGAUUUAUUCUGGGUAAAUUUUUGGCAGAUUGCAAAGGGCUACCAUCACAAAUUUUGGGCGAUUUUUACGAAAUGCCUUUUUCUUUCGAUUCUGGAUGAUACAGAUCACAGAAUUAGGCCGAGGCUAUUCUCCACCGAUAAUGAAGUCUAUUGAUCCUAUUCUCCACGGAUAAUUAAGCACCGAUUUGGGCCAAUUUAUUUAUAGAUGGCAUUUUCCUAAUAUUUUGGGCGUCGAAAGGACAUUUUCUUUGGAUUUUAAAGGAUACGGAUCCGGGAUUCGGCCUAAUGCUAUUCUUCAACGAUGAUUAAGUCCAGUAAGCAUCAAUUUGGGAGGAUUUGUUCCGGGUCAAUUUUUGGUUGAUUACAAAGGGGUACCAUCAAAGAUUUUGCGCGAUUUUUCCCAAAUGCCACUUUCUUUCGAUUCUGGAGGCUACAGAUCACGGAAUCAGGCCGAGGCUAUUCUCCACCUAUAAUGAAUCCUAUUGAUCAUAUUCUCCACGGAUGAUAAGUCUAUUAAGCACCGAUUUGGUCCAAUUUAUUUUUGGAUGGCAUUUUCGUAAUUUUGUGGGCUUUGAAAGGCCAUUUUCUUUGGAUUUUGAAGGCUACAUAUCACGGAUUCGGCCUGAUGCUAUUCUUCAACGAUUAUUACGUCCAUUAAGCACCGAUUUGGGCAGAUUUAUUCAAGGUAAAUUUUUGGCAUAUUGCAAAGGUGUACCAUCAUCGAUUUUGGGCGAUUUUUCCGAAAUGUCAUUUUCUUUCGAUUCUGGAGGCUACAGAUCACGGAAUCAGGCCAAGGCUUUUCUCCACCUAUAAUGAAGUAUAUUGAUCCUAUUCUCCAUGAAUGAUAAGUCCAUUAAGCCCCGAUUUGGGCCAAUUUAUUUUCGGAUGGCAUUUUCGUAAUUUUGUUGGCGUCGAUAGGCCAUUUUCUUUGGAUUUUGAAGCCUACAGAUCACGGAUUCGGCCUGAGGCUAUUCUUCAACGAUUAUUAAGUCCAUUAAGCAUUGAUUUGGGCGGAUUUAUUCCGGGUCAAUUUUUGGCAGCUUGCAAAGGGGUUCACGGAAUUAGGCCGAGGCUAUUCUCCACCGAUAAUGAAGUCUAAUGAUCCUAUUCUCCACGGAUGAUAAGUCCAUUAAGCACCGAUUUGGGCCAAUUUAUUUUCGGAUGACAUUUUCGUAAUUUUGUGGGCUUCGAAAGGCCAUUUUCUUUGGAUUUUGAAGACUACAGAUCACGGAUUCGCCCUGAGGCUAUUCAUCAACAAUUAUUAAGUCCACUAAGCACCGAUUUGGACGGAUUUAUUCCGGGUCAAUUUUUUGCAGAUUGCAAAGGGGUAGCAUCACAGAUUUUGCGCGAUUUUUUCGAAAUUCCAUUUUCUUUCGUUUCUGGAGGCUACAGAUCACGGAAUUAGACCGAAACUAUUCUCCACCGAUAAUUAAGUCUAUUGAUCCUAUUCUCCAUGGAUGAUAAGUCCAUUAAGCACCGAUUUGGGCCAAUUUAUUUUCGGAUGGCAUUUUCGUAAUUUUGUGGUUGUCGAAAGGCAAUUUUUUUUGGAUUUGAAGGCUACAGAUCACUUCGGCCCGAACCUAUUCUUCAACGAUGAUUAAGUCCAUUAAGCACCGAUUUGGUCACAUUUAUUAUGUGUCAAUUUUUGGCUGAUUGCAAAGGGGUACCAUCACAGAUUUUGGGCGAGAUUUCUCUAAUGUCAUUUUCUUUCGAUUCUGGAUGCUACAAAUCACGGAAUCAGGGCGAGGCUAUUCUCCACCUAUAAUGAAGUCUAUUGAUCUUAUUCUCCAUGGAUGAUAUGUCCAUUAAGCACCAAUUUGGGCCAAUUUAUUUUCGGAUUGCAUUUUUGUAAUUUUGUGGGCGUCGAUAGGCCAUUUUCUUUGGAUUUUGAAGGCUACAGAUUCGGGAUUCAGCAUUAUGCUAUUCUUACCUGAUGAUUAAGUCCAUUAAUCACUGAUUUGGGCGGAUUUAUUCCAGGUUAAUUUUUGGCAUAUUGCAAAGGGGUACCAUUACAGAUUUGGGUGAUUUUUACGAAAUGCUUUUUUCUUUAGAUUUUGGAGGCUACAGAUCCCAAAAUUAGGCCGAGACUAUUCUCCACCGAUAAUGAAGUCUAUUGAUCCUAUUCUCCACGGAUGAUAAGUCCAUUAAGCAACGAUUUGUGCCAAUUUAUUUUCGGAUGGCAUUUUCCUAAUUUUCUGGGCGUCGAAAGGCCAUUUUCUUUGGAUUUUAAAAGCUACGGAUCCGGGAUUCGGCCUGAUGCUAUUCUUCAACUAUGAUUAAGUCCAGUAAGCAUCAAUUUGGGAGGAUUUGUUCCGGGUCAAUUUUUGGUUGAUUUCAAAGAGGUACCAUCAAAGAUUUUGGGCAAUUUUUCCGUAAUGCCAUUUUCUUUCGAUUAUGGAGGCUACAGAUCACGGAAUCAGGGCGAGGCUAUUCUCCACCUAUAAGGAAUUCUAUUGAUUCUAUUCUCCACGGAUGAUAAGUCCAUUAAGCACCAAUUUGGGCCAAUUUAUUUUCUGAUGACAUUUUUGUAAUUUUGUGGGCGUCGAAAGGCCGUUUUUUUGGAUUUUGAAGGCUACAAAUCACGGAUUCGAUCUAAGGCUAUUCUUCAACGAUGAUUAAGUCCAUUAGGCACCGAUUUGUGCAGAUUUAUUCGGGGUCAAUUUUUGGCAGAUUGCAAAGUGGUCCCAUCACAGAUUUGGGUGAUUUUAUCGAAAUGCCAUUUUCUUUCGAUUCUGGAGGCUACAGAUCACGGAAUUAGGCCGAGGCUAUUCUCCACCGAUAAUGAAGUCUAUUGAUCAUAUUCUCCACAGAUGAUAAGUCCAUUAAGCACCGAUUUGGGCCAAUUUAUUUUCGGAUGGCAUUUUGGUAAUUUUGUGGGCGUCGAAAGUCCAUUUUUUUUGGAUUUUGAAGACUACGAUCACGCAUUCGGCCUGAGUCUAUUCUUCAAUGAUGAUUAAGUCCAUUAAGCACUGAUUAGGGCGGAUUUAUUCUGGGUAAAUUUUUGGCAGAUUGCAAAGGGGUACGUACCAUUACAGAUUCUGGCGCGAUUUUUCCAAAAUGCCAUUUUCUUUCAAUUCUGGAGGCUACAGAUUACGGAAUCAGGCUGAGACUAUUCUCCACCUAUAAUGAAGACUAUUGAUCAAAUUCUCCACGGAUGAUAAGUCCAUUAAGCACAGAUUUGGGCCAAUUUAUUUUCGGAUGGCAUUUUCCUAAUUUUGUGGGCUUCGAAAGGCCACUUUCUUUGGAUUUUGAAGGCUACAUAUUCGGGAUUCGGUCUGAUGCUAUUAUUCAACGAUGAUUAAGUCCAUUAAGCACCGAUUUGGGCGGAUUUAUUCCAAGUCAAUUUUUGGCAGAUUGCAAAGGGGUACAUUCACAGAUUUUGGUGAUUUUUACGAAAUGCCAUUUUCUUUCAAUUUUGGAGGCUACACAUCACGGAAUUAGGCCGUGGCUAUUCUCCACCGAUGAUGAAGUCUAAUGAUCCUAUUCUCCAGGGAUGAUAAGUCCAUUAAGCACCGAUUUGGGUCAAUUUAUUGUCGGAUGGCAUUUUCAUAAUUUUGUGGUCUUCGAAUGGCCAUUUUCUUUGGAUUUUUGAAGGCUAUAGAUCACGGAUUCGGCCCGAGGCUAUUCUUCAACGAUUAUUAAGUCCAUUAAGCACCGAUUAGUGCGGAUUUAUUCCUGGUCAAUUUUUGGCAGAUUGCAAAGGGGUACCAUCACAGAUUUUGGGCGAUUUUUCCGAAAUGCCUUUUCUUUCUAUUCUGGAGGCUACAAAUCACAGAAUUAGCUCGAGGCUAUUCUCCACCGAUAAUGAAGUCUAUUGAUCCUAUUCUCCACAGAUGAUAAGUCCAUUAAGCACCAAUUUGGGCCAAUUUAUUUUCGGAUGGCAUUUUCCUAAUUUUCUGGCCGUCGAAAGACCAUUUUCUUUGAAUUUUAAAGGCUACAGAUCUGGGAUUCGGCCUGAUGCUAUUCUUCAACGAUGAUUAAGUCCAUUAAGCAUCAAUUUGGGCGGAUUUAUUCCAGGUCAAUUUUUGGCAGAUUGCAAAGGGGUACCAUCACAGAAUUUGGGUGAGAUUUCCCAAAUGUCAUUUUCUUUCGAUUCUGGAGGCUACAGAUCAUGAAAUUAGGGCGAGGCUAUUCUCCACCUAUAAUGAAGUCUAAUGAUCCUAUUCUCCACGGAUGAUAAGUCCAAUAAGCACCAAUUUGGGCCAAUUUAUUUUCGGAUGGCAUUUUUGUAAUUUUGUGGGCGUCAAAAGGCCAUUUUCUUUGGAUUUUGAAGGAUACAGAUCACGGAUUUGGCCUAAGGCUAUUCUUUACGAUGAUUAAGUCCAUUAGGCACCGAUUUGGGCGGAUUUAUUCCGGGUCAAUUUUUGGCAGAUUGCAAAGGGGUACCAUCACAGAUUUUGGGCGAUUUUUCCAAAAUGUCAUUUUCUUUCGAUUCUAGAGGCUACCGAUCACGGAAUCAGGACGAGGCUAUUCUCCACCGAUAAUGAAGUCUAUUGAUCCUA